GCAGUAGCUGCCCGCCGCCGCGGGAGCCAGAGGUGGGCUGGCAGCCCUGCGCAUCAGAGGACAGACCAUGUUCCUGUUGGCAUAGAAGAUGGGCACCUAACCCAGUGCGCAUACCCAGGAUGCCUGCAGGUGGCUAGGACUCCACCUCCUCGUCAUGGGCUGCCCAGGCUGACCAUCACUCCUUGUGAACAUCUCCUGCUGUGAUCUGGGGAGACCAUGUUCAAGCCUCCCGACUGCCUGCUGAGGGUGCUCCGGGGCACCCCCAGACAACGGGUCUUCACUCUCUUUAUUAUCAGCUUCAAGUUCACAUUCCUCGUCUCCGUCAUGAUCUACUGGCACACUGUGGGGGCACCCGAGGACCAAGGACGACACAAUAGCCUGCCAGUGGACUUCCCCUGCCCCGAGCUGGCCUUUCGUGGCAUCCUUGCCCCAGGCAACAUCUUCUUCCUAGAGACCUCAGACAGGACCAAACCUAGCUUUCUGUUUAUGUGUUCUGUGGAGUCGGCCGCCAGAGCACACCCAGAGUCCCAGAUAGUGGUGCUCAUGAAGGGGCUUCAUAGGUACAAGUCAGGCCUGCCUCGGAACCUUGGCAUCUCUCUCCUGAGAUGCUUCCGCAAUGUCCAGAUACAACCUCUGGACCUGAAGGAGCUGUUUCGGGACACACCUUUGGCAGCCUGGUACUUGGAGGUGCAGAAAAGCUGGGAGCCCUACCUGCUGCCGGUACUAUCUGAUGCCUCUAGGAUCGCGCUCCUCUGGAAGUUCGGUGGCAUCUACCUGGACACAGAUUUCAUCGUCCUCAAGAACUUGAGGAACCUGACGAACACGCUGGGUGUCCAAUCCCAAUACGUCCUUAACGGGGCCUUCCUAGCCUUUGAGCGCCACCAUGACUUCUUGGCGCUGUGUAUACGUGACUUUGUGGACCACUACAAUGGUUGGAUUUGGGGCCACCAGGGCCCCCAACUGCUCACCCGAGUCUUUAAGAAAUGGUGCUCCAUCCGCAGCCUGAAGGAAAGCCACACUUGCCGAGGAGUUACUGCCCUGCCCCCUGAGGCCUUCUACCCCAUCCCCUGGCAGAACUGGAAGAAAUACUUUGAAGACAUCAGCCCCGAAGAGCUGGCCCGGCUGCUCAAUGCCACCUAUGCUGUUCACGUGUGGAACAAGAAAAGUCAGGGUACACACCUUGAGGCCACGUCCAGGGCUCUGCUGGCCCAGCUCCAUGCCCGCUACUGCCCCACAACACACGAAGCCAUGAAGAUGUACUUGUGAGGGCCCUCCAGACUGCCUUCGUGUUAUCUCAGCCCUGUUCCUGCCUUUCCUAGGGAGGCAAGACGAGUGGGAAGCAAAGAGGGCUCUGCCCUGCUGCUGCUGACUUUAAAGGAGACCAAGGCUGACCUGGGGAGCAUUGCCACCUCUGUGCUCCUGCCCCUCCAGGCCAGAGUGACCCUGGUAUGGUGAAGAUCCUUGAGCUCGUGUUCUGGGCUGGCAGGUGAUUCUAGAAUUAGUAGCAUCUGGGGCUUUACUGAGCUAGAUCAGUAAGCCUGGACCACUGGAGAGCAUUCUAAGGUCGCUGGAAGACAGAUGGGGCCAGGAGCAGAGCUCAGAGAAGCCCGGGUAGAAGCCUUGUGAAAGGUGGGGCUCUCUCAACUGAGUGAGCCCAAGGGGCGGGGCAGAGCUUCUGGGAACUCCAUCUUUCCUCCCUUGGGGCACGGCUCUGCAGAUCUGCUAUAGCCCAUCCAGGUGAUCAGGGGAUGUGGAGAUUACUUUGGUGUGAGGUGUGGGAAAAGUGGUU